AGCAACAGCAACAGCAACAGCAACAGCAACAGCAACAACUACAGUAAAAUAUACCCCGGAGAUCACCGCAGCAGCAUCGAAUUUUGCACCAUGCAAAUUAGUGGCCUUUCCACUCGUGCAUUUACAUGUUCAAGUAUGCAACUCUUCCAUCAUACUUUCUCUCUGCGCGCUCUUUCUCUUUUUCCUCAUCAUCAUCGCACCUAUCAAUGCUUAUCACCUUCCCUUCCAUCGACUCGACUUUGCUUCUUCUCCACCGUCCUCUUCUUCUUUUCCUCGUAUUCAUUGUCCUAUCCGCCGCUAUCAAAUGUUCCAGUCAGCAAAUUACAUAUCCUUCACCGACCUCACUCCAGAGGGAGUCUUCCUCUGGGUAUCGUCGUCCGUCUAUGACGUUCUCGGAUACAGCCCAGAGGAGCUCGCGGGCCAGCCCUCCUACAGUGUGAUCUACCCGGAUGAUGUGGCCCACGGGAGGGUCGUCCACAAGGAGAACAUGAUGAAUGAUCUCGUUGCAAGCCAGAUUCUUCUUCGAUACCGGGCCAAGGACGGCCGACUUAUUCCCUGCGUCCUCGUCUUCAGUCUCUGCUACAACUUCGUUGUAGCCUGUUCCGCCGUUGCCGAUCCGAAUGCUCAUACGUACACGCAACUAAGAACACAUUCUGCAAUGAUGAGACGCCUUGUAGGAAAUCGGAAAGAGGAAUUUGAGAGGAUCAGACGCCAUCACGAGGCAUUUGCCGCCAAUUCCUGGAACUUCAAAGGAUUGGAUCCAGAGCUCCGGGUGUGCAUGCUCCUGAAUCGGUUCUCACGAGGUUUGCUAGUCAUGUACGCUUCACCAGCGGCUGAAAUCGCUAUUCAUAUGAGCCCAGAACAGAUUAUCGGCAAACCAAUCCUGCUCUUUAUCCGAGCUGAUGAUCUGGGAUCGUUCGUCGAGCAAAUGGACAUGGUCAAGUCGUCCUCAGCGAUCAUGCACAUGAGAUUCUGGUUCCAGUCGCCGAACUGGCCACGAGAGAUCCCAUGUGAAGCCAUGCUCUUUGGAGCGGUGGACGGAAUGGUCAUGGGGCUGCGGCGGUGUAAGCCGUUUGUCAGGAAACUCUUGGUCUCGGGUACGGAUCAGUACGAGGCGCGUGGAGGCAUUGCAGGAUCAUCGUGUUCGUCCAAUUGUUCAAACCCACUCUCAGCGGCACCCUACAGCUCAACUUCAAUCUCGCCAUCAGCACAUCCGUCAGGCGCCAAAUCACUAAGCCCUGCUCGGGAUCUCCCGAUGACAAGACUUAGCCGCAUCGGUAUUCUGGACCUUGAGGAUUUUGAGAAUACGAAAAUGCGACCAUUGACAGAGGUUGUAGUGGAUGAUCCGAACCUGGUGAAGAGCACCUCAACUCUACAGGGGUAUGGACUGUGGGAAUACCGGACAGCGGAGUGCGAGAUCGAAGAGGAGGAUGACUCUGGAAGUUUCGGCGACGAUUUUGACACUGAAUUUGCCGCACGUCAAGAGGAUGAAGACGAUGUAAAGGCGGAUAUACAUUAAGGGAUUAUGACCUUUACGUACUGAUGAGUACAACGUUGCUGAGCACGAACAAAAAGAACUAUGUGCGGGGUUGAAGGAGUAGCAAUCUCACCUAGAAAAUAUCCAUAGACCAUAAUAAAAUCAUGUGCAUG